CAGGCACGUGAGCGGUGCUACGUAGUCUAUAUAGCAGUCGACAUGGCGGCCACAACUCCUCCCAAGGUGGUGUUUGAACACGAGGGAGUCUUUAUUCACUCAUCUCCAGAUGAAUCUGAGGACCAGGAUUUAAUAUCGGGAUUCCUCAGGAUUGUUGAUAAGGAUGGUGAAACCCUUGUGGAAUAUAAACCACUGGAGGAUGCAGAUCCCUCAAACAUGCUGUGUGCCUGCAAGGACUCCAGCUCAGUGGUGGAAUGGACUCAGAGUUUAGAAGGCAACCCUCACCGUCCAAUUGACCAUCAGCUGAGCUAUGAAACAGAGUGGGACAUGAUCAAUGCUGUCUCAUUCCGGAGAAAAGUCCACACACAUGGAGAUGGUGGAUCAAACCACGCAAAUGACCGGAACAAGUGGGCCUUCUCUUUUAAUGUGUGUGACCUCAGGUCUAUCACAGUCAAAUGUGAGGGCUGGUCAUACAUCACUUUCCGCUUGAAGGAUGGCACAGCACUGCCAGCUAUUCAUUUCCACCAGGGAGGGAACACAGCAUUCCUGGAUAGCCUAAGGAAAUCAGUUCAGAUCAAUGAACAAAUAUUGUGCAAUAUCUAUUUCAAUAUCAUUCUGUUGAUGAGGAAUGUGAACGGGUAUGUGCAGGGCAUGAGUGAUCUGCUCUCUCCCAUCCUCUUUGUGAUGGAGAAUGAAGUGGAUGCCUUCUGGUGCUUUGUUUCCUUCAUGGAUGAAAUGCAUGAAAACUUUGAAGAGCAGAUGCAGGGGAUGAAGACCCAACUAAUCCAACUCAGCACUUUGCUUCGGCUGCUAGACCUGGCCUUCUGGAACUACCUAGAGGCGCAGGAUUCUGGGUACUUAUAUUUCUGUUUUCGCUGGUUAUUGAUCCGAUUCAAGAGAGAGCUGCAUUUUCAGGAUGUCCUGCGCCUUUGGGAGAUCAUGUGGACCAGACUACCUUGCCAAAACUUUCACCUUCUGGUGUGCUGUGCCAUUUUAGACUCAGAAAAACAAAAAAUUAUGGACAGAAAAUAUGGAUUCAAUGAAAUCCUGAAGCAUAUAAAUGAACUCUCCAUGAAACUGGACAUCGAAGAAAUCCUUAGCAAAUCUGAAGCUAUCUGCAUGCAGAUAAAGAAUUGUAAGGACUUGCCCCAUUCAGUGAGUGAGAUUCUGGGUCUCAACACAGUCACUGAACCCUCUGCAGCAUUAGAAACCAGUGAAUAUGGAAUACUUGAGUCACCUCAGACCUCACCAAGAUCCACACACAGACAAGACCACGUCAUCUCCAACGGCCACAGCCACUUAAAAGAAUCAACACACAAUGGCUGCAAAGUAGCCUUCAUUUCCUAGUGUAUAGCACUACAAGGUGUAUAGUACAGAUUUUAUAGUUCCCUGUAUUCCAGCAAGAUGAACAGUAUUGGGUGUCAUGUAGAUAUUUGCUACCAAAUGCCACAUUGUAAAAUAUCCCAGAGAAAAUAUAUGAAUGUAAAACAAGGAUUCAAAGGGAUCCCUAAAGCAUUAUUUUUGUAAAAUCUUGUACCAUAUUGUCUUUCAUUGAAAUAAUCAUUCCUUCUCACUGUAUUGAAAGAGUUUUCAUAAUGUUUCAGAGGUGGGGUAUUCAUUGUUGAAUAUCAUUUUUUUUUUUUGUUAUCAGUUUGCUCUUUUCCUAAAUAAUUCAGAUUCAAAUUAAAAUCUGUCUUCCUUCCAUUA